AUGCCAAUGGUCACCGCCGACAAGGAUCUGCCCAAGUUGCUCGAUACGCCGGCGAAGCAGGCCAAAUGGGCAAAGAAGCUGGUCGCCGAGCAUCUAGGCAGUACCGCGAACCGCAUCGACAAGCCUCCAAUGCAGGGAAUGUUUAGUAGGACCCUGUUCGCUACCCUCGCUGACGGCCGUGAGGUGGUCGUGCAAUUCCGUACUGAACCGCUUGACGUCGACGCGUUCAAGACCGCCAAGGGCGCCCUGAGCUCAUUCGUCCCAGAUUGUGAAGCUCUCGGUAAUGAAGAGUUGGAGAACGCAGGCGCCUGGGCUUACUCCCUCGCCCGCAUGCCAGGCAAGAUGUGGCUGCAUGGAGUCGCUGGCAAGGGAGCCGAAGGGCGUAUUGCCAUCAACAAGUCACUGGGCCGUGUCUUUUCGAAGGGUUAUCUCGCCGAUGUUAGCCACGAAGCUGUUGAUACCAAGCUUCGACCGCACCUAGACGCCAUCUUGGCGUCGCCGUUGGAAGAAAUCCUCCCCUAUAAAGCAACUGCCGGGAGCUUCGCCAGAAGGCUUGACGAGUUUGCCCUCCUCCCGCUGUGGGUUGCCCAUUACGAUCUCAACAGUGUGAACUUACUCAUCGACGAGAAAUGCGACGUUACCGCCUUGAUCGACUGGGAACUGUCUACCCCGCUGCCGUUCGGGGCCGGAUUCGGCCGUAUCCACACCCUUGCCGGCGAAUUUACCGGAGGCGAGUUCUGGAUGCCGGAUGAGUUUGAGGUUGCGGAAAGGGGAUUCUGGACGGAACUGUUCGACGGAAUGCCGGAACGUAUUCGAGAGAUGUUGGAGAAGCGCCUUGACCUGGUCCAGGAUGUUGUCAUCCUUGCGACCUUACUGAGUUGUUUCUUCUUUGAGGAUGGGAAGAUUGGCGUUGGCCAGGUUACUUUGAAAGCACUUCCCAAGUUUAUGACCUAUCGAAUUCCUUUCGUUCGAGGGCAAGAGCAGCCGUAUAGAGAAUGA